UGCUUUGUUUCCUCCUUUAUUUUGGUUGGCUCUAAUUUUUAUCGGGUCUGUGUAAUGUUUAACAUCUCUAAUUAAGCAGAAGAUGAUGAAGCAGUAUAAGUAGCAGCGUGGAAAACAGCAUGGUCAUCUGAAUGCAACGGGGCUUCUGAUUUUAAUAAUUUGAAAAGAAGAUGAAGUGUCUCCUGUGCCUGUGUUUACUCCUUGCUGUUCUUUGUGCUGUAACCCAUUGCUGCCCUGAAGACAUUUGCCAUGAAGUCAACAAUACCAAUCUGCAGGAUGGAAGAGAAAAUUUAUUAACAUAUAGCUGUGACAAGAAAGGCUCUAACUAUGCAGAUUUUGUAUUUAGGUUUUACAAGCAGGCUUCAUUAAAAGAAGCUGAUAAAAACGUGUUCUUUUCUCCUGUGAGCAUUUCAACUGCCUUUGCCAUGCUGGCUGUUGGUGCUAAAUCAACCACUCUGUCUCAGAUUUUUGAAGGACUGGGCUUUGAUGACCUAACUGAGACUCGCAUAAAUGAUGUACAUGAAAGUUUUCACAAAGUUUUGUCAGUACUGAACUGUGCUGAUGUUAAUAUCACAUUAAAUAUAGGGAAUGCCCUUUUUACAGCUACUGGGUAUGAACCACAGGAGUCAUUUUCGCAAAAUACUAAAAAAUUUUAUAAUGCAGAUUUUUUCUCCAGUGAUUUUCAUAAACCAGAAGAAGCUACAAGGCAAAUCAAUAAAUAUGUAGAGGAGAAAACCAAGGGGAAAAUUCCUGAAUUAGUUGAUCAUCUUGAUCCAAGUACUGUACUGGUUCUUGUUAACUAUAUUUACUUUAAAGCUGCCUGGGAAAAGUCUUUUGAUCCUUUGCAUACAUAUGAGGAUGAUUUUUUUGUGAACCCAAAUGCAUCUGUUAGAGUCAACAUGAUGCAGCGUGAUGGUAUCUCAACCUUUUACUACGACCACGAUCUCUCCUGUGUGGUGGUAGAACUGCCUUACCAGGGCACUGCACGAGCACUGCUUAUUCUGCCUGAUGAUGGAAAGAUGAAGCAAGUGGAAGAUGCUCUUUCCAAGGAAACAGUUUGUAAAUGGGAUAGCAAACUUGUGACCAGGAGAUUAAAACUGCAGUUACCAAAGUUUUCUAUUAGUGGGUCUUACGAUGUUAAAACCCUGUUUGAGCAAAUGGGUAUUACUGAAGUGUUCUCAGAUAAUGCUGAUCUGUCUGGAAUUAGUGGCAACCACAAUCUCAAGGUUUCACAAGCAGUUCACAAGGCCUUGCUGGAAGUUGAUGAGGCUGGAACUGAAGCUGCAGGAGCCACUGCCAUAAUCUUUACCAGACUUUCCUAUACUCCUACCAUCAAAUUCAACAGGCCUUUCCUUAUUUUGAUCUCUGACAAACAAACUGGCACCACGCUUUUCAUGGGGAAAAUCGUUGAUCCUACUAAGGAGUAAUCGCUGGGUUAUUCGGCACACUGAUCUUGGCUACGGGUUAUAAUGGCUACAGUGUUUGCAGUUUUGGCUAGGUAGUGCUGCUAACUAGUCUCUGAUUGAGGGAUAUUCAGAAGUAAAUGAGAAAUUUUCUUAUCAAAUUAAUUUUAAAAAAUUGUAAAAAAUCACCAUAAACUGACACUUUUAAAAUAUAACAUUUUCCCCAGUUGAAUAAUUGUAUUGGGUUUGCAUGGCAAGGUUUUGGUAGUGGGGGCCUGUAGGGUGCCUAUAGGGGUGGCUUCAAUAAGAAACUGCCAGAAGCUUCCCUCAUAUCAGACAGUCAAUGCCAGCCCGCUCCAAGAUGGAUCUGCUGCUGCUGAAGGCUGAGCCAGUCAGGAAUGAUAGUAACACCUCUGUGGUAACAUAUUUGAGAAGGGAAUAAAGGUUAUCCUCAAUGAACCUGUUCUUUUUCACAUGUUCCAGCUCUUUGCCUAGGACAUCUUAAGAAAUCAUUGACAAAAAAGAAAGAGAAUAAUCCCUAAAACAAUAGACUUAUUCUGAUGUAGUUCUUAUUGCAAGUGCCUCUUUGCACUCCACAAGGCUGGCAAAAAACUUUAAGAGACAGUAACAUUAGGCAUAGCAUAAACUGUUAAAGAAUUGUCUGUGAAAAAACAUCAUUCAUGAAUAAUAGAUCAGCUGUGGAUGAUCAGUAAAAUAUAUAAUGUAAUUUAAAUAUAUCACUUAAGGAAUUACUCCAGUCUCUUUUACCAUUAUAUACAUCUCUUAAAAACAACAAACAUCUUUAGUCAUUCUUACUAACAUAGCAGAUAUCAGUAAAAUAUAUCUUAAAGCUGUUAAAUGAGUGCAGCUUUUCUCAUAUGGAAAUUGCAAUUCUUCAUGAUUGC